AUGAAUUAAAUUAGUGCAACAGGUGUAUUAGGCUUAGGUUUUGCUUUAACAAAUUGCUCUAAUCUCUCGAGUUUGAUACUUGAUCUUUAAUUUUAAUUUGUAUAUUUCUUAGCUGCUUUUUAUUUAUUAGCUUAAUUUUUCUUUGUAUUUUUUCUUUCACUUUUUUUUUUAAUUCAUUUUUAAUUUUCAAUAUUUUCUUUUAUUGUUUAUUUAUUAUUUGAUUUCUUAUUAUUUUAUAUUUUUUCUUCAUCUUUUUUGUUUUAAAUAACUAAUUAAUUAUAUGUUUUUUCUUCAUAUUUAAUUAGUAGAAAUUAAAUUAAUGAUUAGGGAGCAUUACAUUUAAGUAAUGCUUUAGUAAAAUGCACUAAUCUCUCAAAUUUGAAGCUUAAUCUUGGAGAUAAUUAAAUAAGUGCAGUAGGUGUAUCAGGCUUAGGUUUUGCUUUAAAAAAUUGCAUUAAUCUCUCAAAUUUAACUCUUGAUCUUUAUAGAAAUUAAAUUGGUGAUAGAAUAGAAUAGAAAUACUCGCACAUGUAAAUGCACUCAGAAUACGACUUAAAAUUAAUUUUAUUUUUAAUGUUUAUAUAUAUAUUUAAUUAUGUAUUUUUUAGGUGUACAAUCAUUUUCGUUCUCAUAAUUAAUAAUGAAAAGACUAAAGAUAAAUUUAAGAUUUAUUUAUUUUUUUUUUUGUUUUUUUGA